CACACUCGAUUGCUUUUCUUGCCGUCGCUUCCUAGAUCGCUAGUUUGCCCGAACUCGCCGCGACGCGCGUGCUCGCCAAGCACAGGCAAUCGCCGGCGAGCAUGGUGGUGUCGUACACGCAGGAGCACGUGUACCGCCACCCGUGGCACCGGGUGACCGCCGCGGCGUGGCGCAAGUUCACGGACGCGGACGCCCGGGCGGCGCCGCUGUCGCACAUCCUCGAGGUGCACACGCUCUCCCGCCGCGUGGACGCGCGGGAGGGGCGCAUCCACGCCGUCCGCGCCAUCGCGGGGCGGGCGCCGCCGCUCCCGCUCCUCCUCCGCGGCCUCGCCUCCUCAGCCACCGACGUGGUGUUGUGCGUCGAGCACACCGUCGUGGACGGGCCCGCGCGCGCCAUGCGGGUGGUCUCCCGCAACGCCAACCUCCGGGGGCUGGUGCACGUGGAGGAGACCUGCAGCUACCGCCCGCACCCGGACCGGCCCGACGAGUGGACGCUGUUCCGGCAGGAGACGAGCAUCCGGUGCGCGCCGCUCGCGUCCGUGGCGGCCUGGGCGGCGGAGACGGUGGAGCGGCGUUGCGCGGAGAGGUUCACGCAGAACGCGUCCCGGGGGAGGGAGGUCGUCGAGAGGAUCUGCGAGCGCCUCGCGCUUGCCGAUGGCGACCGCUCGGUCCGACCGAUGUAGAUGAAGAAUAUUGUCAGCUUCUGGUCUGCACCGGCGUUCGUCUGGUUGCUGCAGUAUUUUUCCAAUGAAAAAUGUACUUGGU